AUGGCGCAUGACAGCCUCUACCCCUCCGUGGCGGCGAAGGGGGAUGUGAUCUUCGUCGGGGGCAACAUUGCGACCACCUCAUAUCUGAAGAUGAACGGCCACCUCAGCUACACGAAGGACGGUGAGUUCCAGUUCAUUGAUGAUGCUCGUUGGGUUGCAGAGAUUUGCCUCUGGGCACCUUGGGUGCACCUGGGCAUUCUCGAGGCACAGGCUACUUCGGAACUGUUGAGCCUCGAUGCUCCGAAAUUUUGCUCGAUUUUGGCAGAGAGAUCCGACACGCAUCAUGCUGCCAGCAGCUAUGCGCGGAGAUUUGUCAGCGUGGUGCAGAGACAGUCCCGGAAGAGCGCCUUGAGCGAUGUCUUCCUAGACGAGGGCGGAGAGUUGGCGUCUCUGGAG